GCGGGGGCGGCGUCACUGGGCUGCGCCCGCCUAGCGCGCCUUGUCCCUGCUGCUCUGGUCUGUGUCUGUGUCUUGCCGCGUCUCCCACUGCUCGCCGCCCCCCGUUUCCAUGUCCCUGGUGGGUGCCGCACCCCAGAACAUCCCACGAUCAUGGCCACCAGCUCGAGGGAGUCCUCGUUCUCUUCCUGCGCUUCAAGCUCUGACAUUGAUGACGAGGGAGUGCGCGGCACCUGCGAAGAUGCUUCUCUCUGCAAGAGGUUUGCGGUGAGCAUUGGCUACUGGCAUGAUCCAUACAUCGAGCAUCUUGUGAGGCAGUCUAAAGAGAGGAAGGCUCCUGAAAUUAGCAGAGGAUAUUUUGCUCGAGUUCAUGGUGUCAGUCAGCUUAUUAAAGCUUUUCUCCGGAAGACAGAAUGUGACUGUCAAAUUCUCAACCUUGGGGCUGGGAUGGACACUACCUUCUGGAAGUUAAAGGAUGAAGGUCUUCUCCCAAAGAAAUAUUUUGAAGUCGACUUUCCAAUGAUAGUCACGAGAAAGCUGCACAUCAUCAAAAACAAGCCGCUUCUGUGCAGACCCAUCUUGGAAUUACACCCAGAGGACACUCUGCAGUUAGAUGGGCACAUGCUGGAUUCAAAGAGAUAUGCCAUCAUUGGAGCAGAUCUCCGAGACCUUUCAGAACUGGAAGAGAAACUAAAGAAAUGUAACAUGAAUACACAGUUGCCAACACUCCUGAUAACUGAAUGUGUGCUGGUUUACAUGACUCCAGAGCAGUCAGCCAGCCUCCUAAAAUGGGCAGCCAACAGUUUUAAAACGGCCAUGUUCAUAAACUACGAACAGUCUUCCAGUUACACAAAGCUUGCAUCUUUGAACAUGUCUAUGAGCCUCUCUGGCAGCAAUGGAAUUGUUGCACUAGGCAGGCAUGUGAACAUGGAUGACCGGUUUGGGCAGAUCAUGAUUGAAAACCUCCGGAGGCGACAGUGUGACCUGGCAGGAGUAGAGACCUGCAAGUCACUGGAGUCGCAGAAGGAACGGCUGCUACUGAACGGGUGGGAGACGGCAUCCGCAGUGAACAUGAUGGAGCUGUACAGUGGGCUUCCUCGGGCAGAGGUGAACAGAAUAGAAUCCCUCGAGUUCCUGGAUGAACUGGAGCUUCUAGAGCAACUCAUGCGCCAUUACUGCCUGUGCUGGGCCACCCGCGGAGGCCAGGAGCUCGGUUUGAAGGAGAUAACCUAUUAAUCUGCUGAAGGUACGAACCUGUUGAAGGUGGAGGCUGAAGUCUCUAGCGGAGCAGCGAGUGCCCUGGGCCCCCUGAGGGAUGGGUGGCUUCAUCUCUGUUGUUGGCCCUGUUGCACACCCAGAGCCUUUGGUUACAAAGGUGGUCACGCCAGAUCCUGUUCCUGUCCCUUAUCAUUGUUUAAAUAAAUCUCACUUGCCAUUUG